UGUUUACUAAUUUUCACCGGCAGUUUUUUUCAAUCGAAGUUUUUAUUAAAUUUAUUCAAUGUUGGUUUAAUAGAUAUUAAGUAUUAACGUUUAUAAUAUUUAUGUUUUUAUAAUGGCAGUUUUUUGUACAAAUGUUGAAGUGCAAGAUUUCCAUACCAAUAUUCUUCUUAAAAUUCUGAGUUCAAAAAGGCUACUCAGUGACCACGUCGAAAUUUUGGAAACAUGCCUCAAUAGUUUACAUUACAAAAAGAAUGAUACCUCGUUUACCGCAUCCAAAUUGCUAGUGCUAAGCACACUUUCCGGAAUUGGCACAUAUCUGCUGGGUCGUAAGCGUAUAACAUGGGCUUUGCCCCUCCUAGCUACAUCGACCGUUUCCGUAUUGUGCUGCCUUUCCAAGUGGACCAAACAGUUCCACUUCAAACGACGGGAAAAGCAAGUUGUCACUUUCAUUCAGACGUUGGAUCAGUUCGAAGCAGCCGUUAGAAAAAAUAUACUGUUCCUGAACGAAUGCAACCAUGUUCGAUCCGCGCAAAAUGCAAUGGAUAAUUUGUGUAGUGGAGCGAAUAAUUUUGCAGCGAACUGUGCCCGGUGUCUAGUUGAAACCAUCAAAAUAAUACAUGGUUCAGUGAAAGCGUUGGAGCUGGAAUUUACCUUGGACGAACGCUGGGAUUCGUUAUAUCAGCCUAUGGAAGAUCUUGAAGAUUGUGAUUUGUUUUCAACUGAUACCGCAAUGGGACAGAUCGAAUUGAAACUUUUAAAGGAUUUUUACAAUAUUUUUGCGUAUGUUCAAUCACAAUACCUAACCAGAUUAGCUCUUUCCAUCGUCAGCUCAGCGGAUACUAUGUUACCGUGUUCAAUUCUCAAACUCACAGAUGAAAUCAAUCUUCAACGGAACCAGUGUCUAAAGCAUCUAAAUAGAAUUUUGGAUCACAACCGGGAACGGAUAUCGUAUCGUCAAACUAUACAAACUAUUCCAGCCCAAGUGACAAACGUUAGGACCCUUUCUGUGGGAUUGUCUGCUAAGCUACUGAACACCAUCCAUCGAUUCAAUUCGUUGGAAGAGUCCCUUGAAAAUAUCCUGCUGAAUUAUGAUGAAAAGAAUUUUACAUCUCGAUUGCUAACGUUGGAAGCACCCCUGGAAGCUAUGGCGAAUGAUUUGCUAACUUCAACAGAAGAAUGCCAGCGAUUGUUGAUAACGGUGAAAAAUGUACUUAAUCGAGAGGACGCUAGCUCACUAACGCAUCCCGGAUUGCUUCAAGAAGUUUCCGAGCGAAAUGAAAAUGUGUCCCCUAGUCAAGAACGCAUAUAUUCCGAACAGGAUAAACCCGUCUUUGAGGACGAAUUUUUCGCUGUUGUUGGCACCGAGUGCGAUGUGGAUGCAGAGAAAUGCAAAUCGGUUGGUUCAAUUGACGAUUUGGAAUUGGUCAAUUCGCGACUUGUCAAAAGGCAUUUCAAGCCGGUACUGGAGCAGCUACGGGAACGGAUUGAGCCAAUAGGGGUGCGGUUUAGGGAGCGAGAAAAGCAGGCCCUUUUGGAUAAAGGUAUCGAAUGGGUGGAUCUAGAGGCGGAUGAAGGUAACACCGGAGGAAAGAGAGGAACACUGUACGACGGCAGCGAGUCAGAUGACGAGCAGGAAGAUGCCGAACGGGAGAUUAGGAAGUUUCAGAAGUCUGUUCAGCGGUAUGAUGACGUACGAGGUUUUCUAGCGGCUAAACAGCAGACGAACAUUUUCGGGUUAAAGCCGAUGACGAGCGUGGUUAGUGAGGAUGUGCUUGAGUAGAAGAUUAUGUUCCCAUUUGUGUGCUAAACUAUUGUGAGCCAAUAAAUCAUUUGUUCCUUUGUUUCAUUAUUUUGAGCGGGGCGCAAAA